AUGAGCUUCCUGGGUCUUCGCAAGUGGCCAACUCCUGUUGCCCGGCCCUUGUGGCCUUUCAUCGCGGCCGGAUCCAUUACGUUCUACCUGGUGUCGCUGGCGCAGGAUGCGGGUGUGAAGUCGGAGACGUAUGCAAAGGAUCCUCGUAACCCCUACGCGGCACAGAUUGCGAAGGAGUCACAUCAUUAG